AUGAGUCACCAUGGGAGAGCCUCGGCGACUUUCUCCGUGACAUCGUCCACCGUGGGCCUUCGAAGCAUGCAUGCAGGCCUCAACAUGGAUGAUGUGCCCUCACGAAGCGGCUCCAAAUUCAACAACUCAUAUCUGGAUGCUUCGUGGAGGAGCCGGCCUGACUCGUCGUACCUGCAUGGUGGGACGUCGCAGCAUCAGGAGCUGACCCUUCGCCGCAAGCGUCGGCAGUGGGUUGAGCAGCGGCUGUUUGCGUACAGGGAGGAUUUGGCCGACUGGUUCUCGCUCCUCUUUGCCAAGAACAUCACAGAGGCUUCGUUCAUCUCCGACAUUGAGGACGGCAUUCUGCUGUGCCGCCUGGCCACGAUGAUCGACGCCCGCUACGCCGAGUCAGACAAGACGCGUGGAUAUGCGGUGGGCCACACGCAGCACCGUGGAUCCAUCGCCCACACCAAGCUCAGGUACAACAGCAGGGCGGCCAAGGGAACGUUCUUCGCCCGGGAUAACGUCUCCACCUUCAUCUCAUGGGCACGAAACCUUGGCAUUGACGAGACGGUUUUGUUUGAGACGGGCGAUCUGGUGGAGCGCAAGAACGAGAAGCACGUCCUCUACUGUCUCAUGGAGAUUGCGCGUGUGCAGGAUGUGCUUGAGCCACCAUCGCUGAUCAAAUUGGAGCGCUCGAUCGACCGCAACGGCUUCAUUGCCGUGGACACGGAUGCGCUCGAGGCAGCCAUUACAGACCUCUGCCACCGCCUCAACACCCCGCGGUCACGCAUUGAGCGCCUGUCGCCCGGCUUCUACACCGUCGACGGCCGCGAGUUUUACCUCGCCCUCAUCCGCGACCGCGUGCUGGUGCGCAACGGAAAGCACUGGGACCCGCUCGAGCACAUCCUCAGCCAGGCGCCAGAGAACGGCGCGUCUCGGCCUGCGACUGCUGGCGAUGGCAGCGGCACCACGAAGCCACGUCGGCCCUCCGCCACCGCAGCCGCUCCACAACCGAGCGGGCGGUCGCCGUCGUCCACGCAACUUGGUGCCGCCUCUGGCGAUGCCCAGCCAGCAGCCACGUCCCCGCGCUCAGCAGCCUUUGCCUCCGCACCCCGCUCCCCGCUCGAUCGCAGCACCAGCAACCUCGACGGCGAUGCCGUCAGCAGUCGUGGCCCUGGCAGCGGUGGCCGUGGCCCUAGCAGCGCCCCGCUGAGCGCGAGCGGCCUCACGCUGCCUGUCCCACGUGGGCGAAGCGGCCGCAACACAAGUACCAGCAGUGGUGGCGUUGGCGGUGGUGGUGCUGGCGGCGGUGUCGAUGACAGUCGCAGCAGCAGCCAGAACACAAGUCGCCGCCGCUCCAAUGCCGGAGAAUCGGUCCGCCCCGCCAUCUUGCAGGACAGCCUGCACGGCCCGGCCAUCCCGACACACGACAACCAGGCCCUGCUCGACGAGAUUGAGGAGCUUCAGCGGCGCGUUGCUGAGCUCGAGGGCGACCUGACGGAGGCCGAGGCCGCCUGUGAUGACGAGCGAUGCGCACACGAUGACACGCGCGCACAGCUCGCAGACCUCAAGGACAGACUUGCUGCCCAACCCUCUUCCGACGACUUUGCCGAGCUUGAGGCGCAGAAUUCGGAGGCGGCGCAGCGGCUGAAGGACUGCAUCGAUGACAUGGAGCGCAUGCGCGACGAUUACGACGCUGCGUUGGAGCGAAAGGACCAGGAGCUGGCUGGCCGCGACAGCACCAUCAAUCUCCUCCAAGAACAGCUCGACGCAGCUGCUGCCCCAGCGAACGUCAUUGAGCCAGAGCACGUGGAAAAGCUCAACGCGCAACUUGCGGAUGCGCACGCCGCUGUUGAGGACGAGAAGCAGAAGAGCGCCGCUCUGCAGGAAAAGGCAGAUGCCCUUGGCGAACUGCAUCGCGUGCACGAGAACACACGCGCCGAGCUAGAAGACGCGCUGGACCGCAUCUGCCACCUCGAGAAGCUCCUCGCAGACGAGGAGUCGUCGUCUGCCGCUGCUGUUGCUGCGCUUGAGGAUGAGCUGAAGAGCGCUGCUGGCGAGAAGGACAGCGCCGCAGCGGAGAACGCGCAACUCAAGGCUGACAACGACAGCGCACAGGACACCAUCAAGGACCUCAACAACACCAUCGACGCCCAAACCAAGGAGCUAGAUCGGCUCAGGGAGGAGCUUGAGAACGCCGGCGGUGACGCAGCGCGCGCGGCGCUGGCGCAGGGAGAGCUUGGCGAGAAGGCAGACAUGCUGGCGGCUGAACUUGCCAAGGAGCGGGCAGCAGCGGAGGCAGCACAGGAGGAGAAGGAGGCCUUGAAGAAGGAGGUGGACGACAAGGCCAAUGCGCUUGCAGCUGCGGAGGCUGAGCGAGACGCCGCGCUCAAACAGGCGGAGGACGACAAGGCCGCGGCUGAUGCUGAGGCAGAUGCGUUGAACGACGAGAUUGCCGAUCUCAAGUCGAAGCUCGCAGACGCCAGCAAGGCCCUCGAGGACAAAGAUGGCCUGCAGUCUGUGCUGCAGGACCGCGACGCGGAGCUUGCACUGCUGCGAGAGCAGCUUGACAACAAGACAAAGGAGUCUGAAGACCUUCAAGGCAAGCUGGACGAGCUGCAGAAGCGCGCAGAUGAGCUUGCAGGCAAACUUGCCGCCGCGGAGAAGGAGGCGGCGGACCUUCAGUCCAACGCGGACGCCAUGGCGAGGGAGAACGAGAAGGCCAGUGGCGAUGCAGAGCGCGCUCUGGCGGAAUGCAGCGAGGCCCGCUCUGAUCUCGAGGCGCGGCUCGGCGCAGCAGAGUCGUCGCUUGCGGACCGCGACGACGAGCUCGCCAAGUUGCGGGUUGAGCUUGACGAGGCGAAAGACGCCCUUGCAACGGCACAGGGCGAAGCCGCAGACCUCAAGCAGGAGCUGGAGGACAAGAGUACCGACAUUGAGGCGCUCAAUGACACGAAGCGUGCACUCGAGGGCCAGGUGGAGGAACUUCGGCCCGAACUCGCGGCGACAAAGGAGGACCGCGACGCAAAGCAGGAACAGCUCAACUCUGCAAACGACAGAAUUGCCGAAAUCGAGGCGCUUCUUGCAAACAAAGAGGCUGACGCGGACACGAGUGCUGCGGAGAGCGGUGCGCUGCAAGAACAGUUGCAGCAGCUGCAGAUCCAGUACAACCUGCUGCAGGAGGGCAUGAUCAAGGCCGAGCGCAAGUGCGAGGAGGAGAAGAAGCAUCUUCGCGACGACAGGGACCGCGCCAUUGACGAUGUGGUGCUGCUCGAGGAUUUGAACGGGCGCCUUCUGGCCGACAUUCAGGCGCUUGAGGAGCGGUGCUCGUCGCUGAUGUUGCGGCUGCAGCAGCACGAGGAAAACCUGCAGGACCUGCAGGGCCUGGCGCAGGAGAGCCAGGACGCCGUGCUCACACUCCGCAGGCAGAAGGAGGAGGCCGAGGAGGAGGCGGCUGCUUCCCGCGCCGACCGCGACACCGCCCAGGCCGAACUCGACGCAAUCGCUGAGCGCGAGAGGCAGGAGCGCGAGGCGGAAGAGGAAGAGGAGCGACGAAAGCGCGAGGAAGAGGAGGAAGCGGCGCGGCUGCAGGCCGAGAAGGAGCGCCAGGAGGCCGAGGAACACGAGCGAGCCAUGAAGAUCCUUGAGCAGAACAAAGAGCUGCAGAAACUGCACCAGAACCUCGGCCCAGCCAGGGAGGACGUUGCUGAUUGGAUCAACGAAUUGCUCGGCACAAACAUCCAACCAGCAGCGCUCUUCCAUGAGCUGCAGAGUGGCACGGUGCUGUGCCAGCUGGCCAAUGUCAUUGAUGAGCACGAGGAGGAGACGCGGCUCGGUGAGGAGUCGGAAGGAACAGGAAAGGGCACCGGCACGCGGAAGCCCAAAUCCACCGCCACCUCCUCCUCUGCAUCGCCUGGUGCGGCCUCCAAGAAGCCAUCGUCAUCUGCCGCCAAGUCGAGGGGUCUUCGCACGCCCCGCACAGGAGCAGCUGCAAAGUCCCCACGAGUGAAGCGCAAGGCCUCCAACCACCCGAGCGUGCUGACGCGUGCCUCGUGUCCAUCCGCAUACGAACCCAUCCGCCGCAAGCGCCGCCGCAUCCCGCGCUACGCAUACAAGCCACCAGAGGGCCAGAGUGUGCUUGGCAAUUACAUCAAGACUCGCAACAUCCCGUACUGCCCAUUCGAGCCCAAGGCCAAGCCUGGCACAACCAAGGCGCGCGACAACGUGAACAACUUCAUCCGGUGGGCGCGGGAGCUCGGCAUCACCGACCCGGACGUGUUCCGCGCCGAUGAUCUGCUGCACCUCAAGGACCCGCGUCGUGUGCUGUGGGGUCUCUUUGACGUCGCCCGGCGCACCCGCGCCAUCCGCGUGCCCAGGGUUGUCUGGCUUGAACGCCUGCGCUACAUGCAACCGACAAAGGCUGUGAAGGGCGAUGCGUUGGACGCUGCUGUGCGCAGUGUUGUGAACGAGAGCAUUAACCAGCCGCGCCUCCGCGUCACGCGCAUUGCGGAGGGCAAGUACACCUUUGGCGAGGAGAUGACCAAGCCCCUCCUCAUGCGCAUCACGCAAAAGAAUGUGCUGGUGCGCGUUGGUGGUGGGUGGCAGUCACUGCGCAAGUAUCUUGAGACGCACUUCCCGACCGACCCACGCGUGAAGGCGGAGAAGCAGCGCCUUGAACCGAUUUGGGACAAGAACCGCGAGGCACCCAAGAAGUACGACAGCGCAGAUGGACACAAGAUGAACUUCCAAACAACCCGAAACGACAUGCUUUUCCAUGAAUAG